AUGUACGGGCGACAGUCGUCCCGACGCUUCGCAUGUGAUCGCUGCCGCACUUAUAAGCUGCGAUGCGAGAGACACCCUAUAUCAGGCGCGGGAAACGGUUGCGAACGCUGUGUCAAAGCAAGGUUGAUAUGUAAAACGACAACACCCACUAAUAAGACAGCUGCACGUGCACCAGCAUCAACCUCUCACCAUGGCACAGAGUCGGAGCCUUGGGGCGGGGAUCGCAGCCAGACUGCUGGUCCAAUUCAUACCCCACUACGUCAAUCGCUCCCUCGCCCUCCCUCAGCAAACUGCCAGCACACGACCGUUCCACGAUCAAACUCCCCAAACACCCUCAGUGACACGUCGACCGAACAAGGGUUCGUCAACCCCAUGCACCUGAUCUGGCCAACCGUGUCGCCUCCACAGCGAAGCCUCCACCCAGCAGCAGAUAAGCAGAACGAUGGCGCUGAUAUGGAUCACUGCGACAUGCGCGGGCCCGAACUCAUGGGGCUGGAGGCCGAUCAGGAUAAGGUCAAUACAACGGACUUUAUGAUGGUCGAUUUUAGCUGCAAUGACAACUCGAGCGGAGCAACGACCAGUCCUGACCAGCAAGACAAUAUGGCCAUGGCGGGCUCUACCGGGAGGACAGAUGUUUUCAAUCUGUCAUCACAGAGCCAUGUGUUAGACGACAUGCAGAGUCCUCUAAAGGAUUCUAUGAAUUUCUGCGCCGCCCUAAUCGAAGAGUACCAUUCAUUCAAACACGCCCACCGCGAUCCUCCACACGACUGUUCGUCCAAAUUAAUAGAAAGGUCAAUUCAAACCGCCCUGGACCACACCUCGCGGCUCUUGAAGAUCCUCGAAAACUUAACGGUGGCCGAGGCACCGUCACACCGGCGACAGAUCAGCCGCCAGAAUACGGACGACGGUAGUUCAUCACCCGCAUCUGCCUUUGACGGCGGUAUUUCCUCGAACCUACCUGCAAGGUCACAACAGAGCCAGGAAACCCUUAUGCAGGGAUCUAUGCCCACCACCCACGCGGCACACGCUGGCUCUGGCUGCAAUGACUCGAUCUCAAGCAUUUCCUCAAAACACGAAAGCUGCGAUGUUCUACUCAUGACGACUCUCGUCACUUCUUACGUCUACCUGAUACGGAUAUGGCGCUCGGUAUUCUCACUACUCCACCGCCACCUCCUCCUCCCUACCACGCCGGGACAUACCCGCCUCCUCCUGCUGCCCAGCCUGCAGUUAGGCGGCUUCCGGAUUCUCAAUAGCCCAAGCAUCCAAAUUCGGGUAUUAUUCGAACUGCGAACCGACCUUUUCCAACGAAUAGAAGGGAUCCUUGGCAUCGGCAGUGCAGGGGCAUAUGGUCGGUACGGUGAGGACAGGGAGCAGAAGGGGCAAGUCCUCUGCGUGAACCCCUUCGCGGGCUUGAUUCGGGAGACCCUUUUGCACCAGGAGCAGAUGCGGGCAGCGACGGAGGAUGGCACCGGAGACCUGUCGCUCAAGGAUAUUACGACAAAGGUGAAGCGGCUCCUAGAUUCACAGGGUUAG